AUGCAGCAGUUUAACUCGGUGUCACGACAGCAAGGACCGGACGCUAAGAUUACCGGCGACCGGCAAAUCAAGACUGUUGGCGAAGCUAAGAGGAGCGCAGGCGAACGGAGGAAGAUUGCAGGACGACGGAAGAAAGCGGCUAGCGGCACACCGCACUCCGAACCCGCCUCCCGUUCCUCGCAGCUCCUCCGCGCGCUGAUGCGAGGAAGGUUUGACGAAGCCGCGUCGCUCGCAACGGCUCCCAGCGCAGAACACGGGGUUCGGAAUCCUAAGGAAUCGGCUCCCGUCUUUAUCCGCGCGGCUGCGACGGCCACCGCAGCCGCCAUAGGUCUCAGCAUCGUGACCGCCGCGCCUUGCCUCCCCACCGUUUCCCCCGCCUCCGCCGCCGCUUUCAACCGCGUUGCUGACGUGGCGGCGGCGGGGCUGCCGGCGGAGGUUCUGCCGCCGAUCGCGGCGGUGAAUACGGGCGACGUGUGGCCGUCGCUGUACCACUCGGCGCAGUUCUUCUCGUCGUUCCGCUCGCUGCCCGUUCCGAUCACGUUCGACCAAGGAAGCUUCGCGGAUCGAUCGGGCUUCGCCGCGCCGCCGCUAGUGUACACAUACCCUUCCGCUGACGUCACGAGUGACGCGUCGGUGGGGACUAGUAACGAGCCGCUAACGGCUCCCGCAGUCGCUGAAUCCUCGGCAGUUCCGGCAUCCCUGCCGGCUAAUCUACCGGCUGCACUACCGACCGCACUACCGGCCGCCUUACCCGCUUCUCUCCCUGCUGGAAACUAUGUUCUGCCCGAGCCUACUGCUGCGGUUUUGCGCAUGUCCCCCUCUAGGGCUCCGGUGCCCAGUGCGCCUGUGUCGCUCAAUUACUCCGCUCCCGCCGCGUCCGCGGAUGCGGGGAAGGAGGCGGCGGGUCCCGCGGGCGCGGCUGCUGACGUGGUGUUCGGUGUCAAUGUGUCCGUGUUAAAAGCCGCCUUCGGAACUGUGUUUAAGCUCUUCGGCAUCUGCGCGUUCGUGGUGUGUCUGCAGAAGUCGGGCAUUCUCCCCAAGUCCACGCCCUCUGUGCUCAGCCAGGUCUCCUUCCGAGUGCUCAUCCCAUGCUUCCUAAUGAGCAAGGUGGCCACUACUCUCUCUGGCGAGUCCCUGUCAGCCCUCGCAGUGCUGCCGCUCAUUGCUAUUCUCCAGGUGCUGGUAGGCACGGUGUUGGGCAAGGCUGCGUGCCUCGUGGCCUUCCACAAGCCGUCGUCGCUGCUGCCAUCCGCUGCCCUGCUUCCCUCUCUCGUCACCGGCAACACCGGCAGCAGCAGCAGCAAGAACCUAAAGCACAGCAGUGGCACCAGCAGAGAAACCCUCACUGAACUUGUCGCCACUGCUGCCGAACCAGCAUCAACGGCAGCAGCAGUAUCAACAGCACUAGCAUCGGCAGAAGCAGCAGCAGCAGCACUGCGAACCAAGGAGUCGGUGGUAACCGCGGUGUGUGCGUUCAGCAACUCGCUCUCGCUGCCGCUGGUGUUCCUCACGGCGCUGCUCAGCCAGGUGGACGGCGACAGGGCAGCCGGCUACCUUGCUCUUUUUAUGAUGGGCUGGCAGCCGGCGCUGUGGACGAUUGGCUACAGCAUCCUAAAGGACGCGGGCAAGCCUGCUGGCGGUGUGAGCAGCAGCACCACCACCAAGCCAGCUGCGACUGUUGAUGCUGCUGCUGCUGCUGCUGCUGCUGCUGCUGCUGCUGCUGCUGGUGGUGCUGGUGGUGGUGGUGGUGUUGGUUCCGUGCGUGCGUGGGCGAGCAACGCUGUGGAGUGUGUCUCUGGCGUGGCCAAGAAGGUGUUCAACCCGCCUAUGUACGGGGUGCUCGUGGGUGUUGUUAUCGGCACGACCCCGCUCGGCCAUUUCUUCCUGCCGGCUGCUGCUGAUGCUGCUGCGGCUGCUACAGCCGCUGCUGCUGGCUCAGGCGACCUGCUGUCCUCUCUCCUCAGCCCUGCUACAACCGGAGUGCUAAACCCUCUGUUUGGGGCAGCAGGCAUGCUAGGGGGAGCGUGCGUGCCAGUGCAAACCAUCGUCCUCUCUUCCUCUCUCGCUGACGCCCUCCCCUCCAACCUCUCCUGGCCCAAAUUCCUCCCCGCGCUCCCCAACCUCCCCACUCCUCCCAACCCCUUUGCAAACCUCCAAAAGUCUCUCUCCGCCAAAUUCCCCGCCCCUGUCUUCCCUGCCGGUUCUCCCCCUCUCGCCAACCUCCACCACCUCCUCCAAUCCCUCCUCACCCCUUCGUCCUCCUCUUCUCCCUCUUCCUCCUCCUCAUCCUUCUCUUCCUCCUCUGAUUCCGCCUCCUCACUGUGGCUCCUAGCCCGCUUAGUCCCCCACCAACCAUUCCUUGGGAACUCCGUCCUAGCAGCUUCUUAUUCCACCACUGCUGCAGCAGCAGCCACAGCAUCAGCAGCUUCAGCAGCUGUUGUCGCUGGUGGCGCCUCUGCUGCUGUCCUGGCCAUCCCAGUCCAAGGGAGAGUGGAGAGGGGCACGGAGGCGUUGGAGAGGGGUGAGGAUGGGUUGAAGCAGGUGCGGUCGUGUGAGGCCGAGAGCAACACCGAGGCGGUGGGGGGGGUGGCGAUGCUGGGGGAUGGGGACGUCACGGGUGCACUGGAGGUGAAUGGGCUAGAGGCGGUGGAGUUAGAAAUGGAUUUGAGCAUGGGCCAGGGUGCUGCCAUGCACCUGGAGCGACCAAACACUGAUGCUGCAGCAGCAGCAGCAGCUGUAGGGGACGCUGAUGCUGCCGGUCUUUCCACUGCAGCAGCUGCCGUGGGAGAGGAAGUAGCAGCGCCUAUUCGCCCUGUUGCUCCCGCCAUGUCUCCUGAGCUGGCAGCUGCGCUGGCUCCUGCUACUGCCGCCGCCCUCGCCCCUUCUUCCUCCGCUGUGUUUGCCCGUACAGCAGCAACACCAACCGCCACGGCACCUGAAUCCGUUGCCACUGCUGGCGCCGCAUCUGCUGUUGUCGCUGCCACUGCUGUGCCUGCUGCUGUUCCUGCUGGUGCUGCUGCUGCGGCUGCUGCACCUGCCACCGCACCAGCUUUGGCAGGUCCGCCAGCAGACCUGCUGGACAAUCGGGCGCUGGUAGUGGUGUCCCUCGUGCGCCUGCUCGUCUCUCCCAUCGUUGGCAUGACUAGCAUCAUGGCUCUCUACCAUGCUCACCUCAUUCCCCAGGACCCUAUUUGCGCGCUUUGCCUCAUGGUGCCCACUGCAAUGCCAUCAUCUCAGAGCCUUGUGGUUCUCACUCAGCUGAGCUCCAAGACCCGUCCUCUCGCCGGAGUGCUGGCCUCGCUCAUGCUUCGACAGUACGCCCUGGCCAUGUUACCCAUCACUAUCUGGGUUACCGUUUUCCUCACCAUCCUCAACAUCCCCAUGUGA